CUGUAUGUGUGUAGAGUUAGUGGUGCCGGGAGCUGGUCGGGUUCGCACACAGUCUGCUCUCCGGGAAUAUAGCCGUGCUGACACCGAGCCACCCGAUCCAACAGCCGAGACCAGCGAUCGGUAUUGCAGUUAUCUGACAUCAUGAUGCCAACACUUCGCCACGCUCGGCCGGUUGCAUCCAAGCUCCCUCGUCCUGGGAAGACCGUAGCAGUGGAAAAUGUUCGUCCUGACAAGGAGGAGGGUGUUCAGGUCAAGCGAUCGCCAUCCUCUCCCCAGGGGGGUGUUAAGAAGAGAUCUGCUUUUGGAGACCUCACUAAUGCUCAUAAAAAUAUCCAUCCGCAAAAGAAAAAAGAUGGACAAAAGGUUGCUGUGAAAAAGACAAAAAACGCUUCUCAGAGUGGAACUGCUAAAAACAAUGAGCUGAAUCUCAAAAAGACUCUUAAGACCAUUACAGCUGAGGAGCUGGUCUCUGAAGUUGUAAAGGAAGAAAGGCUAAUCACUGAAGAAACCUCUCCACCUAAAGUGUGUUUGGAACAGCUGCUGCCACCUGAUGUAGAAGAUAUAGAUCAGGACAGCGAGGAUCCAUUUUCCAGUUCAGAGUAUGCUUUGGACAUCUUCAGUUAUAUGCGUGAGAGAGAGGAGAAAUUUGUGCUGCCUAAUUACAUUGAAAUGCAGGAUGAUAUCACGAAGGAGAUGAGAUCCAUCUUGAUCGACUGGAUGGUGGAGGUGCAGGAGAACUUUGAGUUGAACCAUGAGACUCUCUACUUGUCAGUUAAGAUGGUCGACCACUAUCUAGCAGCAACUGUGGCAAUGCGAGAGAAGUUGCAACUUAUUGGGUCCACGGCCGUGCUUAUUGCUUCCAAAUUUGAGGAGCGCUGCCCUCCGUGUUUGGAUGACUUUCUUUACAUCUGUGAUGAUGCAUACAGAAGGGAGGAGCUUGUGGCUAUGGAAAUGGAAAUAUUACAAAAACUCAACUUUGACAUAAACAUUCCUAUCCCUUAUCGGUUCCUGCGCAGAUAUGCUAAGUGUGCCCAUGCUAAUAUGGAAACUCUAACACUUGCGCGCUACAUAUGUGAACUCACUCUGCAAGAGUAUGACUUUGUACAAGAGAGUGCUUCUAAAAUGGCUGCCAGCUGUUUACUACUCGCACUGAAGAUGAAGUGCCUUGGUGGAUGGACUGCUACUCUACAGUACUACAGCGGUCACAGUGCCAAUGAUUUAAUUCCAUUGGUGAAAAGGCUGAAUUUUCUCCUCACAGAACAGGCCAACAGUAAGCUAACCGCAGUGCGGAACAAAUAUUCUCACAAGGUAUUCUUUCAAGUGGCCAAGCUGCCUCCUUUGGAUCUGCUAAUGUUAGACACGGUUCUUACAAAAGAACAAUAGUCCAAUCUUCUAUUUUGUAUAUAGCUUGUAAAUAACUUGUACUUUUAUAUAUAAGGAUUAUUUCAGCACUCUGCUACAACUUUAUAUGAACUUUUGUAUGUGUUCCAGUUGUGCUUUGUCAA